AUGGCUGACGUUCAAAAAGACAAAGUUACCGAACAACAACCUCAAAUCCACAAAAUUAGAAUUACUUUAGUUUCUACUAAAGUUAAACAAUUGGAAAAAGUUUCUGCUAACAUUAUCAGAAAUGCUGAAACUUUCAACUUAGUUAAAAAAGGUCCAGUUAGAAUCCCAACUAAAGUUUUAAAAGUUACCACUAGAAAAACUCCAAAUGGUGAAGGUUCUAAAACCUGGGAUACUUAUGAAUUAAGAAUCCACAAACGUGUUAUCGAUUUACAAGCUCCAGCUGCUGUUGUUAAAAAGAUCACUCAAAUCACCAUCGAACCAGGUGUUGAUGUCGAAGUCACUGUUGCUGCUUAA